CCCCACCCCCUGCCGUCGCCAGGCGCUGCCGGAGCGGUAGUCCUGGGCCCCACGGGCUCAAGAACUCCCGCAAUGGUGUUUUACUUUACUUCCAAUGCUUCUCCUUCUGUUUACACCAUUUACAUGGGGAAGGAUAAGUACGAAAAUGAAGACUUGAUAAAGUAUGGCUGGCCUGAGGAUAUCUGGUUCCAUGUGGACAAGCUCUCCUCCGCACACGUGUACCUGCGGCUGCACAAGGGGCAGACAGUGGAUGACAUUCCCAAAGAGGUUUUGAUAGACUGUGCCCAUCUGGUGAAGGCAAACAGCAUCCAAGGGUGCAAGAUGAACAAUGUCAAUGUGGUGUACACACCAUGGACCAACCUGAAGAAGACAGCAGACAUGGAUGUGGGGCAAAUUGGCUUUCACAGGCAGAAGGAUGUGAAGAUGCUGACGGUGGAGAAGAAGGUGAAUGAGAUCCUGAACCGGCUGGAGAAGACCAAAGUGGAGCGUUUCCCAGACCUGGCUGCGGAGAAGGAGGCCCGGGACAGGGAGGAGAGAAACGAGAAAAAAGCCCAGAUCCAAGAGAUGAAGCGGAAGGAAAAGGAAGAGAUGAAGAAGAAGAAAGAGCUGGAAGAACUUAGGAGCUACUCCUCAUUGAUGAAGGCUGAGAACAUGUCCUCCAAUCAGGAUGGCAACGAUUCAGAUGACUUCAUGUAAAUGAAUUCCUUCUCAAUCAUGAGGUGGUCUGGGAUGUUUUAAUACUUCACCAUCGCUAAGAACACCAAAAAAAAAAACCCAAAGAAGUGAACUCUGACUGCAGAUGUUCCUGACAGGAGAAGAUCUGUGUUGUCUGCAUGUAGAUCUCUUUAUCAGAGACAUGGCUGGAAGAUCUGACUUCCCAAAGUUCUACAGACAAUGGUAUUUAUUCCAGGGAACGACUUGGUGCAGCUUUUAAUCCAAUGAGAUUUAAAGGAAAGGAAAUUUGUGCUGUUUCACCUCUGUCCUGCCAGUGGAGUGGACACAAACAUCAUGCUGCCACCUGUGUAACUCUUCUCUUCCUGCUGGUGAUGAUCAGCAGAGCUGAGGGAUCCCUCUGUAAUUGGGGGUGGGGGUGUGGGGGCAGUUUGGAUAUACUCACAGCUGCCUCAUAGACCUCCCCAGCUCUUGCUGGUGGUAAAUCUGGUGACUCCUCAUUAUAUUGUGAGCUCCAGCUGAUGAAGGUGAAGCUGGGCUGUGGUUACAGCCAAGGUGAGCUGCAAUAGCAGCCUGUAGCAGAGGGUGGGGACAUCCCUGCCCAGUGUUUUCCUUUAAAUCACACUUGAUUUGUGAGAAACCACUGGAGAGAGAAGUCUGUGAAGAAGAAUAAUUUUGUUUGUGGGCAGUGUCCUGGCCCAAGCUUCUGCCCCAGCAUUCUGUAAGGCUUCAUGGAUGAGUCUGUGUGGAACAGUUGCAAUAAUCCUUGCACCACCUGUAGAUA